AUGGCCCAAUUAUCGUCACCCACAUCUUCUAGUUGCAGUCUUUACAGUCCCCCCAACUCGUCCUCUCUCUCUUCAGAUCACGAUACUGACAGCGAGCUUCCCAUUCUCCCUCCACAGUAUACCCUCCUCGAACAGGAUCAGGCUGCUGGUUCUGUGUUCCCUGUUCUGCACGGUGUCACAAGCGGUGAUCUCCCAGCUGCUCCCCUCGGAACGAAGAACCCCGUCUUGAAGCAUUACCUAUCUCGCCCCGUACGAAGACAUUUAGACUGGAAAGAGAAAGCCAAUGGAACUGCCAUCCGGAAGCCCCUUGAUGGUGUUCUUGCCAUCCAGGCUGGGUUCAUCCAAACACGUGGAGAGAUAGCACAGGCUGCCUGCACCAGCUGCUCCAAGGGGAAAGGAGUAUGGAAGACCUGUGUAGUUGGCAAUAAGAUCGGCCGGUCGAAGCCGAGUAAUGAGGUCUGCGCCAAUUGCCUAUUCUCUAAGUCUUGGGCGUGCAGUCAACCCUCUGGUACUUCCGACGCGGAACCUUCCGGUUCAUCUACUUCCAAAGACCCAAGAGGAAGGACUAUUGCUCGAAAUAGCUCAGGGAGGCGUGCACAAACACCAUUCCCUCGACGCACUGCCACGGCGGUUGAUCUUACUUCCCCUGACCUGUCUAGGCAGAAUUCUGCCAGCGUCCAAAAUGACACUCCCAUAUUCCAGGGUCGCAGCCUACCGGACCCUAUGAUUUUGCCUGAGGCGGUUGUUGAAUUCCCCUUGUCUGCAACAACAUUCAAUAACCUACCCGUUUUGAAACGAGCUUUGUCAGAUAUGGGAGGCCAUAUUGGGAAAAUCAAAAUGAGAAUCAGGCAGCUUGAGCGGAUGCAAAUGGGAUAUAAUUCAGGAAACCCGUGGGACUCUCUGUAG